UGAUGUUGGCUGUCAAACAGCUUAGAGCCUCAACUAAACAACAGGCCCUCUCAGGCUGGCCCAUCACAGCCAGUUGUUUUUUUUUUUUUUUUUUUUUUACUUUUCCUCUCACUCGCGUUUGGAGGCCCUUUCUGUUUUUUCUUCCCUCCGGUUUCCUGCAGUCAGUGUGUAAGUGGGUGUGUCAUGCGGGCUAGUGUAGCCUAAUCGCUGCUUGUGCGCACUCUGAAAAGAGGAAAAAAGUUGAUGAUGAGUUUAGUGUGAAAGCGGCCCGCCUCGGAGCAGGCUCACCGUCCAGAAAUGGCAGUUUGGACCAGGGCGGACAAAAACGGUCAACUGGACCUUCUGCUCCGCGACCGCUGGAUCCGAGUGGCCGCCGAACUCACCCGAGAAACGCUGACUUUGACGGCCGAAGCGGAGGCGAGCGGACAAGGGGCCAAUCACUUGGAUUACAACUCCCCGGCGGGCCUGCGAAAUGGCAUGUCGAACGGAAACGACCCGGGAACGGCACCGGGCGCGAACCCGAACCGCGGCCCGGGCCAAAUCCAAGAACUACACCCGAACCAGAACCACGGGGGGCGGGGGCGCAGCAGCAGCCCGGGGCGCGGAGGUGUCAGCCGCGGCCAGUAUGACGGCAGUUACGGUCUAAACAGCCCCGGGAAGUACCCAAAUAACGGCACAAACUCUGACUUUGGAAGUCCCGGCUCCAGCUACGGCAGCCCGGGCUCCAGCUUCGGGUCGAGGCAAAGCGAAGUCCCCGUCAGUCUGGACAGCUCCUCGGAGGCGGUGCGGAAAGUCCGAGUUGUCAAACAGGAGUCUGGCGGGCUGGGUAUCAGUAUCAAGGGGGGUCGCGAGAACCGGAUGCCCAUCCUCAUCUCCAAGAUUUUCCCGGGGCUCGCCGCCGACCAGAGUCGGGCUCUGCGGGUGGGCGACGCGAUCCUGUCGGUGAACGGGAACGACCUCCGGGAGGCAACACACGACCUGGCGGUGCAGGCGCUUAAGAAGGCAGGGAAAGAGGUGACGCUGGAGGUGAAGUACAUCCGCGAGGUUUCUCCGCUGUUCAAGAAGCCGUCCCUGGUGGCCGACCUCCCGUGGGACGGCGUGCGCCCGCAGUCGCCCAGCUACAGCGGCAGCGAGGACUCUGGGUCGCCCAAACACAGCAGCUCCUCCUCUUCCAAAGACAGGAAGGUCAUCAGCCUGAAGAUGUGCUUCAUCAGCCGGAACCUCACCAUGCCGGACCUGGAGAACAGGCUGCUGGAGCUCCACUCGCCGGACGGCCAGCAUACGGUGGUGCUGCGCUGCAAAGACGGCCCCUCCGCCAACUCCUGGUUCACGGCCAUCCACACCAACAUCGCUGCCCUGCUGCCGCAGACCCUGGCGCACAUCAACGCCUACCUUGGGGCCUCGUCCUCCACCUACACACCCCACCUCAAACACAUCGGCUGGCUCGCUGAACAGGUCCAGUUAGACGGUGGGCGGCACCAGUUCAGGCCGGUGGUCAUGGCCCUGACGGAGAAAGACAUCCUGCUGUUCGAGUCGGUGCCGUGGAGCCGGGAGGCCUGGUCCAUGCCUCUCCUCACGCAUCCGCUGCUAGCCACCAGGCUGGUUCAUUCCGGCAGUGCCAGGGGCUCUCCAGCCCAGGGAGCAGACCUGGUGUUUGCCACCCGGACGGGCACGGGCCGAGGAAUCGAGUCGCACGUCUUCCGAGUAGAGACCCACUGGGAUCUGUCGUCAUGGACACGAGCCUUGGUACAGGGCGGGCACGCUGCCGCCGAGCUCAUCAAAGAAGUCUCCAUCGGAUGCACACUGAACAGACAGGACGUCCGGCUGACGCUGCACUAUGAGAAGGGCUUCACUGUGACGCGAGAGCCGGCCGAGCCUGUGGGGGGCGCCGUGCUGUACAGAUACCCCUUUGAGAAGCUCAAGAUGUCGGCAGACGACGGAAUACGCAACCUUUACCUGGACUUUGGAGGUCCAGAGGGAGAGAUGGUGUUUGACCUCCACUCGGGUCCAAAGCCGGUCGUGUUUGUUCUCCACUCCUUCCUGUCGGCCAAGCUGACGCGUAUGGGCCUGCUGACGUGAGCCGGCGAGCAGCCGGGACCACGGGCCGCUGACGGGCACAGGCGCAGGUUGGAGGGUGAAGUAGCCCCCCAGAAAAAAGCUGAUAUCGGGGGAAAUGGGGAGGGGGGGACCCAAGGGACGACUUCACCCUCAAGUCAUUUUGUGAUUGUCUCAAAAACGUGCCUUCUCUUCCGACUUCUCCUCGGCCUCCCAGAGGCUUUUUAUCGCGAGGUCGAGGAAAAGCAAGAGGCACUUUGCUUGAAGUGCUGCUCAUGAGCUGUUAGGUGGCGUGCUGUGCGUGCACUCUGAGCGUCAUCACCAGGAAACAGUGCACGUGAGCGCGCAUCACACCGCCUGUGAUCUGAUGUGAUCCUGACACAGAAAAGCAAAAGUUUACGAUGUGUUUACGAUGCCACACCAGUGCACUUCAAGUAAAGUGAAGAGUAUUCAGGAAAGGAAGGAUUUUUUUAGACAAUACAGCACCGCCAAGAACAGAUUUGUAAAUGUUCCCCCUUUUUACUCUCUGCCUCUAUCAUUCCAUGACAGCCUUCCAAUGUACUUUGGGCUCUUUUUAUGUACUCGUUUUCUUUUCGUGGUGACUGCGUGAGGCCGUGCUCGCUGUUUUAGAGUUAGCAUGCACUUAACUGAGCUUGCAUGCUGAGACUGUGUGAAUGCUGACAUGAGUGCGGUGUGUUUCUGCGUCUGUGUGUGUGCGUGCGUGCGCAUGUGUGUGUGUGUGUGUGUGUGUUUUAAUACUACAUGCUUAUGUCUGCUUGAUAGCGUGCCUGUCGUCUGAAAGACUCACCUUUUUAGCACAUUAUCCCAAACUACUGUUGUAAUCAGGAUUGCCAGCUGUGCCUUUUUACAUGUAGUCCAAGAUGCUCUUUGUAAUGUUUUUUUUUGUUUUGUUUUUGUUUUUGUAAUGUUACACAAUAAGACAAUUUUGAAAACGACUUAAGCUUUCAACAUGCACAGCAAUAGUAUUACUCUUGUAGUGUAAACCAUGUUACUCUGUUUUUAUGUGGUUUGUUUUGUGUGUAAUCUUAUGUUAGCAUGACUUCCUGACAUUGAACUUCAAAUGAACUCUGUAUCAGAUGGUUUAUGAAAUGGCAGUGUGUGUGUACCCCCCCCAUUAAGCCAUCCCUCUGUCUCCAAGUCGCUAUCAUCUCCGGUCCGCUUUGCCUUAGAUUACCCGUCUCCUGUUACCGUCCCGGUCUGAGCCCAGCACAGCAGCGCUUCUCCGACUCAGACCUGGGACACAAUAAGUUGCACAGGCUUGUUCCAAGGGGGCUCGUCCCAUGACAAGAAUACUAAUAAGUUUGGUGUGAAGGUGAGGUUUGGUAGCUCAUGUCCCAUAGCACCCCAAGAAUCCCUGCAAUAGAGGAGUUAUUAAUAUUAUUAUUAUUAUGACCUUUUCUUUCUUUUUCCCUCCGUCUUUACACAUAAGAAAGCUUGAUUUGAGCAAUAAUCCCAUGCUGAUCUGAACUUUACUGUCACCUGCCGUCAGCAUUUGUUUGUCCAUUCCACAUAACAUCAGUUUUUUUUUUUUUUAAAUGUCACUGUGUUUAAAUUGUUUUUAAAGUGUUUUUAAUUUCUGUGAGUGUAGGGUUGUUUAGUUCCCUGGGUGUUGUGAGUCCACACGGUGGUAAAAUCCCCUCAUUAGCUGCUCCACUGGGCUGCUCAUCCACAAACUGUAUUUCUCUCCAUUCACGUCCACAGCGUGACAAAAAUGGCCCCAAAGUAACAUUUUUGUGCAUCAAGAAUCGUGAAUAAAGCCGUUAAAUCUCAUUAGCCAUUUUUUUGAGGUAAUUAAACUGCUCUUUUCUUUUUGUUUUCCUGUUUCAUCGCAUCACAACCAGGGAACCAGACAACCCAACACUCUUAAGUUUAAGGUUUGAUUUGCUAACCCAAUAACAAGUAAGUGACUGUCGCUCCAGUUCACAUGUUCAGUGCAGUGAUGCUUGGAUUGAGACUUAACUCAUAAACGUGUGAGUGCAUCAUGACUGAGUUUUCACAGCCUUCAGGUGGUCGGUGGUACGUGUUUCUGAAGUUAUCCGUGAUCCACGCGGCGUGUCGGGGCCACAGACACAGUCCCGUUAUGUCUGCUGGACUUGUUUACAUUGGGACAUCCUGGGAUAAGGAUCGCCCCGUGGUUAUCACUUCUGAACGAACUGUGUGCUUCUCAUGUCGGCUUUGAUCUCCUCCAUGAUGGGUUGGUUUUUGUAUGAAAGCAGAAGAGUACGACCCGGUCACUCCUGUCAGCUUGGUUGCACUACCCUGUCGAAUCCCUUUAAACCUGUGAAUGUACGCAUUGCCUCCUCCUCUUCCCUCCUCCUCCUCCUCAUGUCCGUCUCUGUGUCCUGAACUCGUGGCUCUCCUGUCUAUGCAAAGCAAUGCUUCAAGAAGGGGUUUCUUAACCAAAGGUAAUAUCUGUGGCAGCUUGCGUCCAACACAAUCAUUCAGCAGCGACGUCACAAGAGGAACAAGUGCUGCUGCAAAAACCUGUCAUAUGCAAAGUAUUUUAGUCCUCCUCCCGAGAUACAGUAUACAAUGUAUGAUAGCAAUGUAAUAAUCUCAAAUGUAAAUAUCUACCAAUAAAUCAGUUAGAAAAUGA